CGAAGAAGGGUCAGCCGCGGCGGCACGGGCGGCAGCGGCGCAGCUCCGCUCCCCGCGCGUCUCCCGUCCCCGCGCCCAGGCAGGGCGCGCAGUCCCUGUCGCCGGGAUGCGGCUGCUUGCCUGUCGCGGCCGCCGCCUCGCGCUCCCAGCACUGCUCUCGCUCCUCACCUGUUCCCUGGCUUUUGCUUCUGAAGAUAUGAAGAAAGAGGUCAAGCAGUCCAAGAAUUUGGAGAAAAGUGGUAUAUCAAGGAAAAAUGACAUAGAUUUAAAAGGAAUUGUAUUUGUCAUCCAGAGUCAAAGUAAUUCUUUUCAUGCGAAGAGAGCAGAACAAUUAAAGAAAAACAUCUUAAAGCAGGCUGCAGAUCUUACACAGGAACUCCCCAGAGUCCUCCUUCUUCAUCAGCUGUCUAAGCAGGAAGGUGCAUGGACCAUACUUCCACUGUUACCACACUUUUCUAUAACAUAUAGCCGAAAUUCAUCAUGGAUUUUCUUCUGUGAAGAAGAGACAAGAAUACGAAUUCCAGAACUCUUAGAAACACUCAGAAGAUAUGACCCAUCAAAGGAAUGGUUUUUAGGAAAAGCAUUACAUGAUGAAGAAUCUACGAUAAUUCACCAUUAUGCCUUUUCUGAAAAUCCUACAGUUUUUAAAUAUCCAGACUUUGCUGCUGGCUGGGCCCUUAGUAUUCCACUUGUAAACAAGCUUACCAAGAGAUUAAAGAGUGAAUCCCUGAAAUCUGACUUUACAAUAGAUUUAAAACAUGAGAUUGCCCUCUACGUCUGGGACAAAGGCGAUGGACCUCCCCUUACUCCAGUGCCUGAGUUUUGUACAGAUGGUGUGGACUCCUCCUGUGCUACCACUUUCCAUUCUUUUCUACCACUUUGUGGAAAUCCAGUGAAGAAGGAGGAUAUUUUUGUUGCAGUAAAAACAUGCAAGAAAUUUCAUGGUGAUAGAAUACCCAUUGUAAAGCAGACUUGGGCGGGUCAGGCAAGUCUCAUUGAAUACUACAGUGAUUACGCAGAAACUUCCAUUCCUACGGUAGAUCUGGGAAUUCCUAAUACAGAAAGAGGUCACUGUGGAAAGACAUUUGCCAUUUUGGAAAGAUUUUUGAAUCACAGCCAUGACAAAAUAACAUGGUUAGUCAUUGUGGAUGAUGAUACAUUAAUAAGCAUCUCCAGGCUCCAGCACUUGCUCAGCUGUUACGACUCCAGUGAACCUGUGUUUCUGGGAGAGCGCUAUGGCUACGGCCUGGGCACUGGUGGCUACAGCUACGUCACGGGCGGAGGAGGGAUGGUCUUUAGCAGAGAGGCCAUCAGGAGACUUCUUGCCAGUAAGUGUCACUGCUACAGCAAUGAUGCUCCCGACGAUAUGGUCCUGGGAAUGUGCUUCAGUGGGUUGGGAGUCCCUGUGACGCACAGCCCUCUCUUCCAUCAGGCUCGGCCCGUGGAUUACCCUCAGGACUACCUUUCUCACCAGGUUCCCAUAUCAUUCCACAAACACUGGAACAUUGAUCCAGUAAAGGUAUAUUUCACGUGGUUGGCACCCCGUGAGGAAGACAAAGCCAGACAGGAGACACAGAAGGGCUUUAAAGACGAGCUGUAAAGCAUGGUGGCCUAUGAGCACAGUUCAGGUAGGAAACAGAAGCAGAGACUGCCGUCGUCCUGCUGUAUUGCCAUCGUACUACUUAUGUGUGCCACGUAGCAUUGAAGCUUCCUGACUUUAGGGGGAAAUUAUGUAUAUAGUAUUUUUUGAGGGGGGUAGAAAUGGAGUCAUAGGGGAAACAUUUUUUUUGUGGGAAAAAUCACUUGCUUUUGCGUUAUGCAGUUGUUGUAAUACACAGUGAUUACUGUGUAUUUUUCAAGCCGUGAUACAGCAGCUUUAUUUCCAUCACAGAAAAAUAAAUGGUACCAGAGGUCUCCUUCCUGUCUCUCUCUUCAUUAUAAUGAAAGGUUCAGUUGGGCAUGAGACUGGAGAGACGUGACUAUCAUUCUAUGUAUAUAUAAAGAAAAGGGAAAGUCUGUUGACAUGGAUAUUACAGUGGUGUAAACUUUUUAACCAUAUUAUUGAUGAUGAAAAUUAUUUCCUGGUAACUUGGUAGGAAUAAUGCUAUAUUCAGGAUCAUUCAUAAAACAUCAUAAAACUCAAGCAAUGAAAUCCCCUGUAAUCUAUAACCAGAGUUAUGUUUUAUCUGUUUUUCUCUUUGUGCCUCAUAAAAAGAAUAAGAAAUCUUCUGCUAGAGCUUUCUCUUUCUUUAGAGGUUCAUCUGUGUUCUGUUUCUCCCUGAAGCCCUAUCUUUGUGACCUGCUUGUAACACGGAAGUGUACUGGCUGCUGCCAGAAAGUAGUGUCCUCAGUAUUUAAAAACAAUGUUGUGUUUUAUUCAAGUCAGUGAGCUCUGUGUAAGUCUCAGGAAGUGAAUUAAAUUAAUUUGUCCCUGAUGUUUUACUCUUAUUUUUCUUGAGUGUUACUUAAUGACUCUCUCCUGAUGCAGAAUAGACUCCACAGUGUGUAUCAUGAAACCCUAAUGGAAGGACAGCAUGGUGAUUUGACAAUUUCCCUGGGGUUUUUUUUUCUGUGUGUGUGAGGAAGAUCAGCCCUGAGCUAACAUCUGCCAAUCCUCCUCUUUUUGCUGAGGAAGACUGGCCCUGGGCUAACAUCUGUGCCCAUCUUCCUCCACUUUAUAGGGGACGCUGCCACAGCAUGGCCUGACAAGUGGGCCUCUGUGCGCACCCGGGAUCCGAACCUGGGCCGCCAGCAGCAGAGCUCAAGCACUUAACCACUACGCCACGGGGCCGGCCCCCCCGGGUUCUUAAAUAAUGAAAUUUGAACAUAGUAUUCUGAAAGAGCUCUAAUUUUCAAAUCGUAUCUUUAAUAUAUGGUAAUUUAACAGUAUUAAUUUGUACAGAGGUCUCUGUAUUUUAAUGUUUUAAUUAUAUAAUUCAGUUUUCUAAAGGUAUUAGUGUAAAAUUUGACUUUGAUAUGUCUUAAACUAAUUUUGGUAUAGUAAAAUACUUUCCUCUUUUCUUUUUAAAUAAAAAUUGUUAUUCAUUAAUUUUACUUGUAAUGCUUUUAUAGCCAAGCACAGAGUUUUAAAGCCAUACCAUCAAAAGUACUCACAUGUAUGUUUUUUAACAAUAUAUUUUUCUUGUAGCUUAGAUUUGACUCAUUUCUAAAAUGAUGCAAUAGUAUUUACCAUUUUUCCAAAUCAGCAAUACCAGGACUUGUGUGUUUCAAUGCUAACUGAAUGCGUUGGAUUCAUUUGUGUCAAAGUGGAUUUUGUGGCCCCUCCGAGGAAUGGAUCAGGGACCAUCAGCUGGGUGAGAAUCACCCUAAGGAUUUAUAGAUCCCAUCAAGCUGUUGGUGAUGACAUCAGCAUUGUUGUCAUAACUGGGAUUAUUGUCAUUGCUACCAUCAUAGUCACCCUCAUGUCGUCUGUAAUGAUACUCCUGAAGGGCCUGGCUGCCUAACCCACCUGGUGGAGAAGAGUCUUCUGUUCUUCCUACUCCUGCCUACCAAUUGUCACACUCAGAAAAUAGCAUAUUCAUGUGACAGGAUUGAGCCGGCCUCUGUACAUGAUGAUCCACAUCAAGCUUUCUCUGUGUUAUGAUCAGUGCCUUCUACUGACCCCGGAGCACCUCCUCUGGUACUUUUGGGUGUUUUGUUAAUUAUAUUUACUUUUUGGAACUAUGUAAGCCUAACCACAAAUAAAAGAUCUUUGCCUAUG